AUGUCUCAAUCAUUGCGUCCGUAUCUCAAUGCAGUGAGAUUCUCGCUGGAAGCAGCUCUUACACUUUCGAACUUUUCCUCGCAGGAAGUGGAAAGACACAACAGACCGGAGAUUGAGGUGGCUCAUCAGAGUGCUGAGUUGCUGCUACAGCCCAUGCAUAUUUCGCGUAACGAAAAUGAGCAAGUACUUAUCGAGUCCAGCGUGAAUUCAGUGCGCGUGUCGCUGAUGGUCAAGCAGGCGGACGAAAUUGAACAAAUCUUGGUUCACAAGUUUACGAGGUUCCUAGAACAGCGCGCAGAGGCAUUUUACAUUCUGAGAAGAGAACCGAUCAAGGGAUACAGCAUCACGUUCUUGAUCACGAAUAAACACACCGAAUCGAUGAAGACGAAUAAGUUGGUGGAUUUCAUUAUCGAGUUCAUGGAGGAAGUCGACAAAGAGAUCAGUGAAAUGAAACUUUUCCUGAACGCAAGGGCAAGAUUCGUCGCAGAAGCAUAUCUCGGUGAAUUUGUUUACUGA